AUGCACCUAGAUUUGAUUCCAGGAAAAUUGAAGGUCCUUUGGGAUGUAUGGGGUAUUGAUACCCUAGUCAUGGUGAGCAUAGCGUUGCAAGUCAUUCUCACUCUCCUUGGUAGCCGCAGAAGAUACAUCCCAGGACUUAAGAUAAGAUUCACAAUUUGGUUUGCCUACUUGUUGUCAGGUUCAGUUGCAAAGGUUAUUAUAGGUAAGCUCACCACAAUAGAAAUCAGUGACACUAAGAAACACGAUGUCACCUUGGAACUAGAGGCACUGCUCGCACCCAUGCUCUUGGUUCAAAUUGGGAAUCCGGAUACCAUUACUGCCUAUUCAAUAGAAGAUAAUAAACUUGGAUUGAGGCAGUCACUUAACUUACUCUUCCAAGUGGGUGUGGUAGUGUAUAUCCUCGUUAGGUGUUGGAAUAGUUCUUUGCUGUCCAUCCUAUAUUUGCCAACAUUUUUGGCCGGAGUAAUCAAGUAUGGAGAGUUGGCAUGGGCUCUUAAGUCAGCAUUGAGGAAUUAUGGUUUAACCAUUGAAGAAAUAAACCAUGAAGAAAAUGUUCCUAAUUUAUUCCGAAGGUUACCUAGGGACAUUCCUGGUCUAGAAUUAAUCUUAAAGGCUUAUUACCGCUUUAAUUGCUUGAAGCCUCACCUUGAGAACUGGCUUUAUAAGCCCUUAUAUGAAUCUCUUCCAUGGAUGUCCAUUGAUGCAUAUUCAGCUGAGGAUGUCUUCAGAAUCACAGAUUCUGAACUUGGCUUCAUGUACGAUGUGCUCUAUACAAAGGCACCUGUAACAUAUACGUGGGUAGGUUAUAUUCUCCGUGUCAUCAGUUUUUUCAGUUUAGCAUCAACUUUCUGUGCAUUCACAAUCAUGUUCAAGACUGCCAUUUUACAUCAUAUGGAUGCUGGCUUUACCUUCUUGGUACUAAUUGCAGCUAUCAUUCUAGAGGUUUAUCAAAUCUUACUAUUACCCUUUUCAGAUUGGGCAAUAAUUGAAAUAACUAAGCACCAUGAUAUGCCAAUUAUGAUGCCAUUCUUGCGAUUUAUAGUCCCAAGAGCAAAUAAAUGGAAAAGAUGGUCUAAUUUAUUGGGACAAUUCAAUUUGUUAAACUUCUGCCUUCAUGAUAAGCCACUGAAGUUCGAUAGAAUCCUCAAGUUUCGAGGCUUUGAUAUGGAGUACAAAAAGAGCAAGAGUAGGACCCGUGUUGAGUUGGCUAAAGGAUUGAAAGAACUUAUGGUGCAAGAAAUGAAAGAGGUGGAUGCAAUGAGAGAUUUAAAGCCCAUCACCCAAAGAGGUCAAUGGGCACUUGAAAGGUAUGGAUGCCUCAAUUAUGAAUUCAAAUGGAGUGUUAAGAGAGAUUUGGAUAAGAGCAUUAGCAUAUGGCACAUUGCAACAGACAUUUGCUACCAUUCAGAUGUUCAGAAUGCCAUUGCAAACUCUCAAAUUGAAAUGGGUAAAUUGUUGUCAAACUAUAUGAUGUAUCUUCUUGCCAUGCGUCCUCACAUGUUAUGCACUACCACAUCAGAUAUAAUAUUCCAACAUACCUACACUACACUCCUGACAUUUUUAAGAACAAGACCAUCAAUAACAAGAGAUGAAAGUGAAGCUUGUAGGAUUUUGAGGAUAGAAGAACUUCCCAAGGAGUUAGACUUUAAUAGAAAUAAGGAAACUAUGGUGACAUCUAACUGGCAUGUCUUAAAUGAUGCACAGAGACUUGCUAGGAGUUUGAUGAGCAGAGAGAACAGAUGGCACAUCAUUAGCAGCGUGUGGGUGGAGAUGCUGUGCUAUGCAGCAAGUAAUUGCCCAAUGGAUUUCCAUGCUGAACAGCUAAGGCGAGGUGGGGGAUUGAUCACUCAUGUUUGGCUUCUCCUAGCCCACAAGACAGACAAGUUUUAUACCAGUGAAUAA